AUGCGCUCCGGUUCUUGUGGGCGUGGCCCGGGCUGACGUCACGCAUCACGUGCCCGCGCACCAGGAAGUGCCUGAUCUGGACACGAAGAGAAAGGAAACGAGCGGACAGAAGAUGAGUUCAAUAAUCCCAGAGACACAGAGUAUUAAAGAAGCCGUGAUUCACAUCAACUCCAUCGACAGCAGCAAGUUCUCCAGACUCCUGUCCCGCAUUCUGCAGAAGCUCCACCUGAAGGGGGAGCGCUCCUUCAGUGAGGAGGAGGAGGAGAAGCUGCAGAGUGCUUUAUCUCUGGAGAAACACACUCUUCAUCUGCUGGUGGAAACCCUGUCCUUCAUCCUCGAGCAGGCCGUGUAUCACAACAUCAAACCAGCGUCUCUCAGACAGCAGCUGGAGAACAUCUGUGUGGAGGCGGACAGAGCCGAGGUGUUCGCUCACGUCUGGGCUUCAGCUGCUCCCGAUGUGCUGGACAAGAUCCGACUCGGGAUAUUUGCCCCGAAGAAGCUGGAUCACGUGGGCUGGCAGCUCUGUCUGCAGAUGGCCUCGUCGUCUCGAAGCAGACUGAAGGAGCCACACGCCGUCCUGGAUCUGGGACUCCGCACGGAGGACGACGCAGAGGUAAACACAGAGCGUGUGCAGAACGUGUUUGUGGAGUUCAGUCAUCAGGAUCUGCUGGACUUCUACAAUCAGAUGGAGAUGAUUCAGACUCAGCUGGACUCGCUCAGCUGAUUCAGCCUCCGUCUGCUAUCCCAUGAUGCCUCUGGUUCAGUCGUCUCUGUCUGUAUAUAUGAGGCUGAAGCUGUUCACCAGUGUUUCAUUAAAGAUGCUUUUCCUCUGAA